AUGGAGUACAAAUCAUCAAUGACUUAUAACCUAGAUCUUUCGCCGAAUUACUCAUACAUUUUCGACUUCGAAAAUGAUUUCAUUCAUCACGGUUACCGAAAAUGGAUGAUAGAAAAUUGGACCAAUGCGUUUUACUAUGUUGGGAUAUACAUGGCCUUUAUAUUCGGCGGCCAAUAUUAUAUGCAGAAUCGCCCGAGAUUUGAACUCCGGCGCACGCUAAUUGUAUGGAACACAUCGCUAGCUCUGUUCAGCAUCAUGGGGGCGUGCCGGACUUUGCCAGAAUUCUUCCACGUGCUGAAGAACCACGGUCUUUACCACUCCAUCUGUGUGCCAAGCUUCAUCGAGCAAGACAAGGUGUCCGGUUUCUGGACGACCAUGUUCGUGCUCUCGAAGGUGCCAGAGUUGGGUGACACGGUGUUUAUCGUGCUGAGGAAGAAGCCUCUCAUAUUCCUCCACUGGUACCACCACAUCACUGUGCUACUCUACACCUGGUUCUCGUUCACUGAGUACACUUCGUCCGCGCGCUGGUUCGUCAACAUGAACUACUUUGUGCACAGUGUGAUGUACUCCUACUACGCGCUAGUCAGCAUGGGCAAGUACCCGCCGAAGUUCCUCGCGAUGACCAUCACCUUCCUGCAGCUGUCGCAGAUGAUAGUCGGCUGCGCGAUCAACAUCUGGGCGCACAACUACAUGGCCACCGCGCCCCCCCACUCCUGCGGCAUCAGCCAGAUCAACAUCAAGCUGUCCAUGGCGAUGUACUUCUCGUACUUCGUCCUCUUCGCCAGGUUCUUCUACAAGGCGUACCUGGCGCCGAGGCGAGGCAAGAAGGCGAAGGUGGAACCGGAACCGAUGCCGGAGCCGGUGAAAAGGGUGGAAUACAACGGUUACCCGCGACAGAGGAACGGCGUUGUCCACUAG